AUGUCGUCUUCUACACUCCAGAACACCUGGCUCAUUACCGGAGCAUCCCGCGGAAUUGGGCUCGAACUCGUUCGGCAGCUUCUCGAUUCACCUGACAACCUUGUCAUCGCAGCGUGCCGAACGCCCGAGAAAGCAGCCGCUCUGAGCGGGCUUAAGAGCAGCGCGAAGGGCGCCCUGCAUGUCAUACAGCUGGAAGUCACCGACUUCGACAGCGUGCGGGCAGUCCCGAAGGCGCUCGAGUCGAUCAUCGGCGGGAACGGCCUUGACUACCUUGUCAACAACGCCGGCAUCCUCAAGCCGGACACGCCGCUCACGCUCGACCCAGAGGUGCUCCUCGAGACCUUGCGCACGAACACCGUCGGCCCCGCGCUGCUCACGCAGGUGUGCGUGCCAUUCCUCGACAAAAGCAAGAUGAAGAAGAUCGUGAACAUUACGAGCACGCUGGGCAGCAUCGCGAGCGCAGACGCGUUCGGCCCCGGAGCGGUCGCCUCGUAUUCCAUGAGCAAGACCGCUCUGAACAUGCUGACAUACAAGUUGAAGCUGGAACGACCUGACCUCGUCGCUAUCACGCUCUGCCCUGGAUGGGUCAAGACCGACCUGGGCGGGGAAGGCGCGCCUCUCGAGCCAAAGGAAAGCAUCGCGGGGAUUAUCAAGGUUGCCACCUCCACGACCGUGGCGGACAGCGGCAAGUUUUUGCGGUACAACGGGGAGGUGGUUCCGUGGUGA